AUGGCCUCCGUUGCGCGGGCUUUCCCACGUCGACUGGGUCAGUUGUCGGCCCAGUCACGAGUUUCCUCGUCACUGAAUUCGCGACUACAGCGGUCAAGCUCGUGGGUAUGCCACCGGUGCGCGUACAAGGCCGUCACCACCCUUACGGGAAGGAGGGCCUUCUCGAAUACGUCCAUGCUUUCAAACAGCGAGGAUGUCAAUGCUGUGCCGCACUCAACCGACGCGGCGGCAUCUUACGCGGAGCUCGACACCUUUGCCCGUCGUCACAUUGGUCCAGAUGACGUUGACACGGCGCAGAUGCUGAAGGCUCUGUUACCGCCUGUCGACGAUUUGGACGCUUUCGUUGGCCAGGUCAUACCGCCUGACAUCUUCUCGACGCGGCAGAUGAAGAUCAACAAUAAAGACGAGACUUACACCGAGUCAAGUCUGAUACCCAGGAUGGAGCAGUUCCACAACAACAAUAAGCUUAUGAAGAGCUUCAUCGGCCAAGGUUACUAUGGAACCCACACUCCGCCCGUCAUCCAGCGAAACGUCCUGGAGAACCCGGCCUGGUACACGAGCUACACCCCCUAUCAGCCUGAAAUCAGCCAAGGUCGGCUGGAGUCCUUGGUCAACUUUCAGACCAUGGUCACGGAUCUUACCGCUCUUUCCAUUGCAAACGCCAGUCUUCUCGAUGAAGGCACUGCAGCCGCCGAGGCCAUGACGCUUUCUAUGAAUGCUCUGUCGACCUCGAGGGCGAAGAGGGAGGGCAAGACCUUUGUUGUCUCUACAUCUCUCCACCCGCAAACGGUCGCUGUUAUGCGAGGACGUGCUGAGGGGUUUGGGAUUAAGAUUCUCGAGUUGGACCUCGCUAAGGAGGAGACUACUGCCGAAAUUGAGGCACUUGGCGAUGACCUCGUUGGCGUUAUGGCCCAGUACCCCGACACCUACGGCCAGGUAGGGAACCAUGAAGCACUGGCUGAUUUGGUCCACAAACAAGGCGCCCUGCUAAGUGUCGCAACGGAUUUGCUGGCCUUGACGGUGCUGAAACCGCCCGGAGAAUGGGGAGCGGACAUUGCAUUCGGGAGCGCUCAGCGAUUUGGCGUGCCUAUGGGGUUUGGUGGUCCUCAUGCAGCCUUCUUUGCUGUCAAGGACAAGCACAAGCGGAAGAUACCCGGAAGGCUGGUCGGGUUGUCCAAAGAUCGACUAGGCCAUAAGGCGUAUCGAUUGGCUUUGCAGACGAGAGAGCAGCACAUCCGGAGAGAAAAGGCAACCAGCAAUGUCUGCACCUCGCAGGCCUUGCUGGCCAACAUGAGCGCUUUUUACGGUGUUUAUCACGGUCCAGAAGGUCUCAAGGCCAUCGCAGAACGAGUCAUUCGUGGAGCGAGGGCUGUCCAGUCAGCCGCCGAAGCACUAGGAUUAUCCACGUCGAAAAGCAAAUGGGACGAGAACGGAAGCGUCUUGUUUGAUACCGUCAUCAUCGACACAGGGUCCCCGGGGAAGAGGGCGAGUCUGCUCCAGCUAGCAUACAGCCGUGACGUACAGUUUCGGGUGCUCGAUGAACAGCGCGUUGGAGUUUCGAUUGACGAAACAACAACCUUGGAUGAUCUUGUACGGAUCACAGGGUUGCUCAUGAAUGCCAGCAAUGGUUCCCAUGUAUUCGACAAAGAGGAGGCCUCGAAGAUGACCCAUCAGUACCUAUCUGAACACAGCGGUUCAUUGGACAUUCCAGAUGCGUUUCGACGGACGACCGACUUCAUGACACAUCCUGUCUUCAACACCCACCAUUCCGAGACCGAAAUGCUGCGGUAUAUCUACCACCUGCAGUCGAAAGACCUAUCACUGGUUCACUCCAUGAUUCCUCUUGGCUCCUGCACGAUGAAGCUUAACGCCACAACCGAGAUGUCGCUUAUCACUCAGCCGAGAUUCUCGCAAAUGCACCCUUUUGUUCCAUCCAAAUUCGCCCAAGGCUACAAUGGUUUACUCAGAUGGUUCAAGGGCCAGCUGGCUAGUAUUACUGGCAUGGACAGCGUCUCUAUCCAACCAAACUCGGGAGCCCAAGGCGAGUUUGCUGGGUUGCGCGCGAUCAGGGACUACCAGAAGAAGCACAGCGAACCUGGUAAGGAUCGUGACAUCUGUCUCAUCCCCGUUUCUGCGCAUGGCACAAACCCUGCCUCUGCUGCCAUGGCCGGCAUGCGUGUCGUGCCCAUCAAAUGCGACACGGCCACUGGUAACCUCGAUGUUGCGGACCUGGAGGCAAAAUGUAAGCAGUACGAGGAUCAGCUUGGCGCCAUCAUGGUCACUUAUCCAAGCACCUUUGGCGUCUUCGAGCCCGAGAUCAAGAAGGUGUGCCAGAUUGUUCAUGACCACGGCGGACAAGUCUACAUGGACGGUGCAAACAUGAACGCACAGAUCGGGUUGUGUUCCCCUGGAGAGAUCGGCGCAGAUGUGUGCCAUUUGAAUCUUCACAAGACCUUUUGUAUCCCUCAUGGCGGAGGUGGCCCGGGGGUGGGUCCUAUCUGCGUCAAGAAGCACUUGCAACCGCACCUGCCCGGUCAUCCAAUCAGCAGCGUGGGGAGGAUGGAAACCUCCAACGGCCAUUCAGUCAGUAGCGCCAGAUACGGAAGUGCAAGCAUCAACCUAAUCAGUUGGGCGUAUAACACAAUGAUGGGUGCGGAAGGGUUGAGGCACGCAACCAAGAUCACCCUCCUCAAUGCAAACUACAUUCUCUCGCGGCUUAAGCCUCAUUACUCUAUUCUCUAUAUGAACGAGCACGGGAGAUGUGCUCAUGAGUUCAUACUCGAUGUUCGCCCCUUCAGCAAAUCUGCAGGUGUCGAGGCUAUCGACAUCGCCAAGCGUCUUCAGGACUACGGUUUCCAUGCACCCACCAUGAGCUGGCCGGUCCCCAACACGCUGAUGAUCGAACCAACCGAGAGCGAGAGCAAGGAAGAGUUGGACCGCUUCGUCAAUGCCCUGAUCAGUAUUCGCGAGGAGAUCCGUGAGGUUGAAGAGGGCAAGGUACCACGAGAGCGCAAUGUCCUGAAGAUGGCGCCUCAUACCAUGCAGGAUCUGAUCAUGGGUGAUGGUGAAGGCAAGUGGGAACGGAGCUACUCUAGAGAGAAGGCUGCGUACCCUCUGGCGUGGCUGAAGGAGAAGAAGUUCUGGCCUAGUGUUGGCAGAAUCGACGACACUUAUGGUGAUCUCAACCUCUUCUGUACAUGCCCGCCGGUAGAGGAUACCACCGGAGACACCGUAGAGACCGGAAAGAGCUGGGGCGUAGCUUCGUGA